AGAACUUAUUGGCCGUGGAAGUAAGUGACAUGGAGGUUCAUCGUUGUAGAUUUGUGGAUUACACGCCACAUACGAUCACAUCAUUGGCGUUUUCUUAUCCCUCAACUGCGAAGUUUGCUCCCAACGAUCUCAGAUUAGCAGUUGGACGUAAUAAUGGUGAUGUUGAGAUUUGGAACCCAAAGAACAAGUGGGUGCAUGAGCUGACUCUGUACGGUGCUAAAGAACAAAGCGUUGAGGGCCUGGUCUGGUGUAGUCCAGAGGGGGAGUCUCCUAGGCUUUUCUCCAUUGGAGGCACUACAAAGCUUACUGAAUGGGAUCUGAAGACUGGUAAGGUGCUUUUGGAAUAUGACUGUAACGCUGCAAUUAUAUGGUCGUUGGCUAAAAACGAGAGCCAGGAUAAGAUUGCCGUAGGAUGUGAUGACGGUACUGUCGUGGUUGUUGACAUCUCUGGUGGAGUUGGGAGUAUUGAGCAUUAUGCCUUCUUGCAAAGACAAGACGCUAGAGUAUUAAGUCUAUGCUGGAAAGGUGACUCGCAUGUCAUUGGUGGAUGUGCAGAUGGUAAAGUGAAAGUUUGGAGUUGUUCGCCUUCAAGUAAGAGACUUGUCUCGUCCAUGAAAGUCGACAAGAGUAAGACUGAGAGCACACUGGUCUGGUCGGUGCUCUAUCUUCCAAAUAAGGAUCAAAUCGUCUCUGGUGACUCAACGGGUUCUGUCAAGUUUUGGGAGUUCUCUAGCUUCACCCUCUUGCAAAGUUUCAAAGUCCAUGAAGCUGAUAUCUUGACGAUCUCUACGGAUCUGAACAACAACUGUGUCUUCACGGCAGGUGUUGAUCGUAAGAUCUUCAGAUUCCAAAACAUUGAACAGCAAAAGAAUCAGAAAUGGGUCAACCUCUCCAAUAGGCUCUUCCAUUCCAAUGAUAUCAGAUCGAUGGCAACUUUCGAAUCUAAAAAUCUGAAUUUGUUGAUAUCAGGUGGUGUUGAGAAGAACAUUGUCGUUUCAUCCAUCAAAAGCUUCGCCGAUGGACAGUACAGAAAACUGAGCAUAAUACCACAGAGAAAGCACGUUGUGAUGAAUCGUGAGCGUAAACUGGUUGUCAUGUGGCAAGAUCAAACUGUCAAGAUCUGGAGACUUUUACAGAAGAUCGUGGAGGUUGAUUCUGAUGAGGAAAUGAUCAAUGGUCAUGAAGCAGACGAUGGUGUUGAGCAAUUGAAGGAAUCAUUCGAACUGGUUGCCAAAUUGACACUUUCAGACGAGGAAAACAUCACGCAGUGUGCCAUCUCCCAGGAUGGGACCAUUCUUGCAGUGGGAAGACUUUCCACUACGAAGCUAUUCCAAUUGAAUGAAAAGCAAGGAACAAACGGGUUGAAGGUUUCCAAAAUCAACAAUUCCUCGAUCAAUGCCCUUGGCAGCUCACACUUAGAAUUCUACGGUAAUGAUCAACUGAUUAUGGUUACACCGGAGAAUGAGAUUUACAAGGUCAGCCUGGAAUCUGACGAUAUCGUUGAAUAUUCGCUAACAGACCUUGCAAAGUCCAAAUCAAAAUUAUCGUAUUGCGAGAAUGUUACUCACAUUGCAAUUACACAUUCCAAGCUGAUCGUAUGUCGUUCUGGUGCCCUGGAUGUUGUCGAAUUGGACAACGACUUACAACUGGAAUCCAUGCCGUUCCUGAGGCUAUCCAGUUAUGUCGUUCGUAUUUCGAUUUCCCAGGCUAACAAGAGUGUUAUUCUCAUCACACAUGAGAACAAGAUCUAUGAAUUUGACCUUCAAUCGUCGCAUUUGACAUCAUGGUCUAAGGCUAACUCUGAGUUCCUUCCAAGGGAAUUCUUGCAGCUACAAGAAUCUCCGUUGGGCAUGUUCAACGUGGGCACCAGACUAUGGGUCUAUGGUUCCAAUUGGAUGAGCGUCUUCGAUAUGCAGAUGAAUGUGCCAAUGGACAAGAAAGAAACCAAGAAGAGAUCCAGAGCUGGUGUUGUGAUUGGCCAUACUGAAGAAGACGUUGAAAGUGAUGAAGAGCCUGAGAAUGAGAAUGGAGAUCUUGAGGUCUCUAGAGCCGAGAUUAAAAACGGCAAAGAGGGAGGAAUUGCAUACCAGUUAAUCAACAAGUACAAGAGUAUUCUGUUUGCUGGUAAUCUAACCGAUGAUGAGCUGAUUGUCGUUGAAAGACCCCAAUUUGCGAUCAAGCAACCACCAGCGUUCAAACUAUCUCAAUAUAGAGUAUAACAAUAAAGAACAAGCUUAUAAUAAUCAAAGAGAACGUUUAAAGAGCCAAACAAAAAAUAUAUAUAUCAUUGUCAUUCGGUUCGUUAUAUGUACAAGUACUGUGUGUACGGAAUAAUACGCACUCAGGAAUCAAUCAUGUGGUUUUCCGUUGAUUCUUGGGAACAGUCUCUCCGUGUGGUAGUUGAUCGACGAUCUAGCAGCCUUGGUUCUGACUCUAUUCUCCAUACAACCUUUCAGGUUCUGUUCAAGUUCUUUACACAGUGCACUACCCUCACCGUUUGAAGACCAACAGUUCAAUAGGGAGGACAUAAGAACCGUACAAGGCGACACCUGUUGUUCCGAAGCAGAGUUCUUCACACGAAGUCUCUCGAGCUUCGGCAAUCUAACGGCA